AUCUGAAGCAGCACACACCGCACACGCAUAUAUCCUGAGAAAGAGCCACGUGACCAAGUACGUGAUUAUUCUUUUGUCAGCGUACGUCUUGGUCGAAUCGUAAACGGCGUAAUUGCUCGUUGCUAUUACUGCCAUUUUCGCUACUAAGAAGAAAUUAAUUGAGAGUGCUCAAAUAUCGUAUAAAGGAGAAAGUAAAAAUCAAUCCACCAAAAUAUUUCAACGACAGACGAACGCAUUUAAUAGAGAAGAACCAAGUGAGUUUCAAGAGUUCUUAAACUUUGGUUUCUGACGCACAGAAAAUGAACGAUACGUUUAGUAAGAUGAAUCCGGAAACGCAAGAAGUAUCUUCACUAUUUUUACCUGCAUAUACCAAAAGCUACGCUACAUCACGAAUUGAAAUGACUACAAUUGAAUAUACAUGGAAGAUUGAAAAUUUUGAAGAUAUUUAUGGAAAUAUAACUCAGUUACAAUCUCCACCACUUGAUAAAGAAGGUCAAUACAUUAUUAAAAUUUCACGCUCACCACAAGAUUCAAAGAUACAAUUUAAUUUAUGUACUAAGGCAACGUUUAUUGGAUCAUGUACUACUGCUAUUACUGUGUGUAGUUAUAAAAUCUCAAAUGUCAUCUCGGGUUGUAUAUUGAAUGAAGCAUUAUUACUUGAAGCCUCGACAGACAACUUUUGUAAGAAUGGAGUAUAUUUCAAUAGAGACACGGCUCUAAUAUACUGCAAGAUUAAGGUUUUUCAUAAUCUGAUAAAUAGCACUGUAUACAUGAAUUCACCCUCUGAAACGGUAUUUAAAGACGUGAAAUCUUUUGAAGACUCAACUCUUGAACUUAAGAAUGAAGAUGAGAAAUCAAUCGUAUUUAUAGUUGAAGACGAACAGUAUGUUAUAUCAAAAAAAUUGUUGUGGAACACCGGUAGUAGUUACUUUCAGAAUGUCUGUCGUACACAUAAAGGAAAAGUAAAAGAUAUGAAAGAUGAGUUACAACAAAAUGAGUUAAAAGCUUUCAAACAGAUUUUAUUAUAUAUUUUAACUGGUUUACAAUCAGUAGAACAAAAUUAUUCGAUGCUUAAAGAAUUGUUAACAACAGCUGAUAAAUAUGAUGUACCCAUGUUAAAAAUAACGUGUGAACAUUACUUGCUAUAUCAUCUUAAGAAAGAAAAUGCUGUGGAACUUCUACAGCAUGCAUUAUCAUCUAAUGCGUCAUCUUUACAAAAGCAUUCGGCAACUUUUAUUAAAUUUCAUAUGAAAGAAUUGAUGGAUGAAGAACUUCCAAAUCCAUCGCAAGAAGAUUUAAUUAAGAUAAUGAUAUUGAUUGAAAAAUUGAAAAUUGAAAUACAUGAAAACAGUCAUUCCUUCAGCUUUCCCAAACCCAUAAUACCACCUGUUGAUAGGUCAAUGAUAUAAUAUUGCAGUUUUAAAUAUAAAUAGAACAUGAUAAUUUUGUUUAAUUAAUAAACGUCUGUUUUUUUCUUUUCUCCAAAUAUAACUUAUAUUAUUACUACUGUACUUUCAAUUUUUAUAUGCAUUCUAGUGUUAAGUAAUAUACUCUAUAAUAUAAUAAGAAUAUGCUCUAAGUA